CUUUUAUUUGACCUGAUCUACUACAACACCGAAACCAGUGGCAUGGAGCGGCAUCCCGGGCCAACGCUCAUCUUCACAGAUGCUGAGAAAAGAGUCGGGAAGAAUGAUGCUCUUGUCCAAGCCAGGUCUAGUACAGUGCAGAACAUAGUGCUCACCUACGGCUACGACGACCGCCUUCGGCUUGCUGUUCAGGGAGUGACAGGCUUGGACGGCGAAAAGCUUCAGGCCACCUGGAGAGACCCAGAUGGAAAGGAUUGCAAUAUCACCACUUCCCCCUUCGAUAUCGUUAAAUCGAAACUCUUACCCGGCACAAUGAGAAAGUUUGUUGAAGGCCUCUCACCCUCUUCAGUCAAGAAAUUCGUCAACGAGCACUUUUCCGAGUUGAAGCCGAUACACCAAAUUCUCAAUAGCCUCACCGAAGAUUACAAACAAGGCAUUGUUAAGAAGGCGCUGGAUUCUCUUAUUGCAUAUCGACUGGCGACUUCUAUGGUUGUUUCGGAUGGCACUGAUGCCAUUUUUGAAAGCGGGCUGGUAGAUGCUGAAACCUCCCGGCUGCAUGGUCAAACUGUCGUGUCCCCACUGAUCAAUGCAAACCUUCGACUUAUUCAACUACAAGUUUGGCUGCAACUGAGAUCCGAACUAUUCGAGGAGCUCUCCAAAACUUCCAGCCAGACGAAUGAAAAAUGGCUAGUGAUGCUGAUCCUUCUUCUCAACCUUGAGGAUGUCGAAUUUGACUGCAAAUUUCGCGAUCUUACAGUUCGGGACGUCGAGAAAGCUAGUGCGGAGCUUGAGCAACGCAUCCAGGAGUUUCUGAUCGACAGUAACUUCACUUCAGAAUCUCUCGACACAGGUGAUGCGUCUGGGAAGGCUGUGCGCAGAAUACUUGACGACAGUAUACCUCAUAAGAAAAUGAUCAUCGAAGUUAGUGAGAAAGAUCUCAGCUCUGCGUUUGACAGCAAAGAUGUAAACUCAGUGGCAGGCCUGCACACCUUCAAGCUCUUAAGGAAGAGCUUGAACAUCGAAACAGGAAAGCUCGCUUGCCAUCCUUCUCUGGGAACUAUUUCUAAAUUGUAGGAGGUUUAUUUUCUUUAGCUUUAG